AUGUCAGACGAUAUUCCUGAUUGGCUCUACGAUAUUUCCUCUAACAUUGACUUUUUGGAUAUCUCAGUCAACAUGCUUAGAGGCCAAAUUUGCCAAGAUAUCGGAGACAAGAUGCCGCGGUUAAUAAUAUUGAGACUUUUGGGUAAUAAUCUCACCGGUGGCAUUCCGAGUUCUCUGUGUAAGUUGAAGCAGUUGAAGCAAAUUAAUCUCUCAAAGAAUCAACUAUCUGGGAGACUUCCUCGAUGUUGGAAAGCAUUCCAAAAUUUGGAAUGGAUUUUUCUGGAGGAUAACAAGUUAAAUGGUCAGAUUCCGAAAUCUUUGUGCCAUCUUCAGCAAUUAGAUGUUCUUAGCCUUCGUAGGAAUGGCUUCAGUGGAGUAAUCCCGAACUGUUUGUCAAGUCGACAGAGCAUGAUGAUCCUUGAUCUCAGUGACAAUCAAUUCACUGGUAGGUUACCUCCAUUCGGGAAACAUUCUCAGUCAUUGCUAGUGCUCAAUUUAGAGAAAAAUCAAUUAGUUGGAGGCAUUCCUCCACAACUUUGCCAGCUUAGCUAUAUCCAUGUCUUGAGCCUAGCGCAAAAUAACAUUACUGGACCCAUUCCUAACUGUUUUGACGGCUUCUUUUAUAUGGUUGAUGAUGGGUCUCAUAGUGUGUUUUGGCCGUAUAUUGACGGUCUCAAUGUCAUGGUUCACACAAAGGGAACGAACCAAAUAUAUGGAAGUGGGCUUGAAUACUUCUUCUCAAUCGACCUUUCUGCAAACAUGUUGGAUGGGCAGAUAUCAGAAAAGUUCACUAGGCUUCGCCUACUUCAAAAUUUGAACCUCUCUCAGAAUAACUUGAGUGGACACAUCCCGUCAAAUAUUGGGGACUUGAAAAAUUUGGAAUCUCUUGAUCUUUCCAGAAACGAACUGUCAGGUGCCAUCCCGUCGGGCAUAUCCAGCAUGGACUUCCUUAGUCAUCUGAAUCUGUCCUUCAAUAGACUCUCCGGCCGUAUACCGUCUAGCAAUCAUUUGCGUACCGUGGAUGACGAAUCUGUUUAUCGCAGCAACGACGGACUUUGUGGAGCUCCUCUUUCGAAGAUUUGUCCCGGAGACCAACCAGCCGGUACUGGCAGUGAUGCUUCAAGUGGAGAUAAGCCUAGCGAAGGCGAUGUGAAUAUCCACAAUUGGUUCUAUGCAGGAUUGGGACCUGGUUUUACGGUGGGAUUUCUGGGGUUCUGUAGCAUCUUGCACUUCAAGCGAUCUUGGAGGGUCUCUUACUUUCGAGCGAUGGAUGGGGCCAUCGAGAAAUUCUCAAUGACAACGAUGAUUGCCAUGCUUUGGUUCAAGAGAACAUUUCGACAAAGCGAAUAG